AUGGGAGACACUUAUAUCAAUCCUCAUGAGACCCGCAACCAGGCCGACUCCGGCAACACGUCUGCAGAUGGCAGCGCCAUUGCUACUCUCGACGGCUCUGUCGAUGAACCACCUAUACGAAGCGCGGGCUCGUCCCAUUAUCUGACUGAAAAGUCUAGGGGCGAGACUCGCUACAUAGAAAAAUUACCCAUAACUGAAAUUACAAAUGACCCCGAUCAAGAUGAUAUCGCCAUUUGUGCUCAUACCUUGACUGGCAUCGAAGUUAUACGCCGUCUUCAAACCAAUGCCGACAAGGGUCUCUCCGAACAUGAUUGUGUCUUACGUCGCGAGAAGCAUGGUCAUAACAAGCUCGAGAGCUCCGGAAGCGUGACCUGGUACAAGAUUCUCCUUCGGCAAGUCUCCAAUAGUCUGACCCUGGUCUUGGCCAUCGCUAUGGCACUUUCCUACGGGACUGGAGAUUUCAUCGAAGGUGGCGUCAUCACUGCUGUCAUCGUUCUGAACAUCGUCGUCGGCUUCUUCCAGGACUAUCGCGCAGAGCAAACGAUCCAAUCUCUUCGUGCCAUGGCAGCGCCUGCAUGUCGCGUUGUCCGCGAGAAUGGCACCAUGCUGAGUAUUAAAGCUGAAGACCUUGUUCCUGGAGACAUUGUGCAGCUUGCCACUGGAGACAUCGUACCUGCGGACUUGCGCCUCUUUUCAAGCAUCAACUUGGCCACGGAUGAGGCCCUUCUCACCGGUGAAUCGAAGCCUUGCACCAAGGAUGCUCUUAGCACACUCAAUCAUAUCGAGUGUGCUCUGGGGGAUCGUAUUAACAUGGCUUACUCAUCCACUACCGUCACGCGUGGCCGAGCUCAAGGUAUCGUUACCGCGACUGGUAUGAACACCGAAAUUGGCAAGAUCGCCCAGCUUCUACGUGACAAAAAAGUUUAUGAGGACAGUUCCACCUUUGUUUCCCGUGCGGUUCGACGUGUACUUCACGGCAUCAAAAGCGCACUUGGUCUCAUUGGAACUCCUUUACAGGUCAAGCUAUCCUACUUUGCCUUACUCUUGUUCGCACUUGCCAUUCUGCUAGCAGUCAUCGUCUUCUCCACCAGUCUUUGGGAUAUUGAUGGGGAAACCCUGAUAUACGGUAUCUGCGUGGCUGUAGCUGUCAUUCCAGAGUCUCUCAUCGCUGUUCUGACCAUUACGAUGGCCAUCGGCUCCAAAGCCAUGGCUGCUGGCAAUGUCAUCGUCCGUAAACAAGCUGCUCUCGAAGCUGUCGGUGGUGUCACCAACGUCUGCAGUGACAAGACUGGUACUCUCACUCAAGGCAAGAUGCUCGCAAGAAAGGCCGUUCUUCCAAGCGGAAAACUUCUGACCGUUGUCAAUGAACUCAGUCCCUUCGAUCCGACUCGUGGAGAUGUCUUGGUUGACGAUGUUCGGCUUGAGUCAGCCUCGGUCAACGAGGUUGAUGAACUUCGUCAUUUCUUCUCGACCAUCGCUUUGUGCAACAUGUCGAACGUUCUUCCACCCCCGGGUGAUCAAGAUCUAUGGUCUGCCACAGGCGAGCCUACAGAAAUUGCUUUGCAUGUCCUGGCACGUCGUGUCGAUCAGGGCAAAGAUGAAAUCCUCUCUCGUUCCGGCAUGUCUCUGCUCACAGAACACUCUUUUGACUCAUCGAUCAAACGCAUGUCUGUUGUCUACAGUCGUGUUGACCCAGAUCGCACCAUCUUCUCCUUCACCAAGGGUGCUACUGAGGCACUUCUGCCCCUUCUUGACAUGGCAGACGGUCAGCGUCGUGAGAUCCUACAUCAGGUCGAUACCAUGGCCAGUGAAGGUCUACGUGUUCUCUGUCUUGGCUAUCGUCAGCUCGAUGAAGCGGACUUAGAGUCCAUCACUGAUCGUGCCGUCAUAGAGGCCGAAGGCUGUCUCACCUUUGCCGGCCUUGUUGGCCUCUACGAUCCUCCUCGUCUGGAAUCUGCUGGCGCAAUCAAGCAAUGUCAAGCAGCUGGCGUUGUUGUACACAUGCUUACAGGAGAUCAUCUCAAGACUGCCACCACAAUCGCUAAAGAGAUCGGCAUCCUUGGGCCGGACGUGUAUGGCUCAAAUGCUCAGACUGCUGUCAUGACUGCAAUGGACUUCGACAAGCUGACUGAUGACGCUCUUGAUGUUAUGGAUCCAUUGCCGUUCGUCCUUGCACGUUGCAGUCCGACUACCAAGCUUCGCAUGUUGGAGGCACUUCAUCGUCGUGGCCGCUACUGUGUCAUGACUGGUGAUGGUGUCAACGACUCACCCGCUCUCAAGGGUGCCGACGUUGGUGUCGCCAUGGGUUUGAACGGCAGUGACGUUAGUAAAGAAGCUGCGGACAUGGUUCUAACUGAUGAUAACUUCGCUUCAAUCGUCUCUGCCAUUCGCGAGGGUCGUCGCCUAUUCGACAAUAUCCAAAAGGGUUUAGGGUAG